AUGGCCGUCGUGAAUGUUUGUAAUCGAAUUUUACCAGGAAAAAGUGAAAAAUUUCAAUUAAAUACUGUUAAUUUAGCAGAUUCAGUGAAGAAACUUAAGGAAGAUGUUCUAGAUGCUGUAAAAACUGACCAAAGAAAUAUAGAGUUGGUGUACUGUGGUCAGAAAUUAAAAGAUGAUGAUAAAAUUGAACAAUAUGGAAUCAAAUCGGGUUCUACAAUUUAUGCCCUAUCAAAACCUAACUUUCAAGAAUCUGAAGUGAUAAAUCAGUUACCAGAAAAAGAGAUUAUUGUCACUAUAAAUUCAGCCAUCAGGAAACCAGCAUAUCAUCAAAUUGUUCAAAGAAUUUUAAAUGAUCCUAAAAAGAUGAAUGAAUUAAUCUCCAAUAAUCCUGGAUUAGUCUCAGAUCCAGCUGUAAUAUCUAUGUUGGUGGAUGUUGGUUUAUUAGUCAGUUUAAUUCAACCCAGUAAUCUAUCAAAAUUAUUGUCAAGACAUCCUGUGUUUGGUCCAGUCGCUAUGUCCAUAGCUACCACUGUUAAUGAAGAGGCUGGGAAAGAAGGAGCUACUGCCUCAUCGGCAGGAACUUACUCUAUAGAUCAGAUGUCAGAUGAAGAGGAUGAAGCAGGAGUUGGAAUGAGAUCUCAGAAUCGACCUGGUAUCACAGCCUCCCAACUGGCAGCAGCUAUAAUGCAAGCUCAAGGCUCAGAGUCUAGUGCUGCAACAUCUGGUACGAGUGGAGGAAGUAGUCAAUCUAGUUCUUCUAUAACAGAACAAUUCUUUCAACAAGCUAUGUUAUCAGCUCAGCAAGCUUCUGUCUCGACAGAAGCUGUACAACAAAUGAGAGAUAUGGGUAUAACAGAUGAAACUAGAGCUAGAAGAGCUUUGGUACAAACUGGUGGUGAUGUUAAUGCUGCUGUGGAACUUAUAUUUGAUGAGGGACUUUUGUAGACUGAUGCUUAUGAUCAUACUGGAGUGUAUAUAGAUCAGCAGUGGUCAUCAAGACUUAAAUUUAUCUUUGUUUGAUUGAUGUCACAAUUCAUAGUUUUAUCAUUUUCUUGGCAUCAUUGACCUGAUAUCACAGCCUCUCAGCUAGCAGCAGCUAUAAUGCAAUGUGUAAUGGUUUGAGGGGCUUUAAUGAGUUGACUGUGCUUGUGUUAGUGUUUGUGGACAGGAGUGUAUAUAGAUCAUCAAUGUCCAACAGAUAUAAAAAUUUAUGUUUCUUUGAUUGAUGUCCAGUAUUAAAAUAUUGGUGCUUGUGAUUGAAAGUGGACUGGAGUGUAUAAAGAUUAUCAGUGGUCAUCGAGACUUUAUUUAUUUUUGGUUGAUGUCUGCAUUUAAAACAUUUUAAUUAGUUUCUGAAACUAAUGUGGUCGUUGGUUGGCUCUGUAUAAAAUGACAGACAUUAAAAAGUUAUUUUUGAUUGAUGUGCACUGUAAAAACAUUUCAUAUGUAAUUGACGAAGUCUUGUAAAUAAAAUAUUGUAUUUAUUCUG